AGACCUUUUGUUGGUAAAGUGAGCAGCGUUUCGAGUGCACUCAGCAAACCCCCGCGCAGUGUUGCACUGCAGUCCGAAGAUGCUGACUGAAAAUGAAUAAAGACAAGCAAGCUGAUGAAGACGAUGAUGACAGCGAGCUGUUCGAAGACUUCACAGAGCAUUUCAACCAACUUGAACUGCUGGAGACGCACAGGCAUUUGAUUCCUGUAGGAACUCAGAGCUGUUGGUCAGGACAGUCUGAUGAUGACGACGAUGAGCAAGAAAGAACAGAAGAAUGGUAUGAAAUGCAAGAAAAGAAAAUGGAAAAACAUCCAGAGAAAUUGCUACUCUGGGCAGCUGAAAACAAUCGGCUGAGUACUGUGAAGAGGCUCCUGACGGAAAAGCUGGCUCCAGUGAACGCUCGUGAUGAAGAUCAGUACACUCCUCUCCAUCGAGCUGCCUACAGCGGGCACCUGGAUGUUGCACACGAGUUGGUGGCCCAAGGGGCCGACGUUCACGCGCAGACUGUGGACGGCUGGACGCCCCUGCACAGCGCCUGCAAGUGGAACAACACCAGGGUGGCUGCGUUCCUGCUUCAGCAGGGUGCAGACAUCAACGCGCAGACAAACGGUCUGCUGACACCCCUGCACAUUGCUGCAGGAAACAAAAACAGCAGGGAAACCCUCGAGCUCCUGCUGAUGAAUCGUUAUGUGAAGCCAGACUUGAAAAACAACUUGGAUGAAACUGCCCUUGACAUUGCAAGGAGGACUGAUAUAUAUCACUACCUUUUUGAAAUAGUAGAAGACUGCAUAAAUGCUGUGUCCCCAUAAAAGCUUGUGAAUGUGAGGUUUUCUGCCUCUUCCUUGUUAGUGUUCUGCAUGCCCAUCGGUGGUGGUCUGUCUCUUUGCAGCGAGGUUUUUAUGUAAGAUACUUCAGUAUUCUCCUCAGGCAAAAUGUCGCUUCCUGCAGCACUGCUCAGUGGUCACGCUCGUACUUGGAAGCGUUACUGAUGUUAGUCAAGCUACUCAGAAAGUCUCAGUAAUUUCUGUGAGUUUCUAUUUAAUUAGUGCAGAUUUGGAGAGGCCUUUGUAAGUUGUCUGUAGUGUCAAAGCAGGAGGGAAAACUGGAAUAUUUACUUGAUGUGAAAAAAUUCUGGGUUGGUUAUGCAGAGUUUAUUACUGCUCACUUGAAAAUUAUUUUUUGAGAAAUUUAAACUUUUUAAAAACUGCAUGAAAGCUCAGAAUGAAUGUAACUUAUUUGGGUGAUACACAAAACGUUUAAUGAACCUAAUGUAAGGCUUAUGAUAAAAUAAAAUAUUUAACCCAAAGUAUUCAGUCAUAUUAUUAAUUUAAAGCCCAUUUAUCAAUGCAAUCACCUGCUCAUAAAUCAAACACACUGUUCAUAGGAUAAGAAAGUAGUUUCGGUUUAUUUUUUCACCAGUGCUUUUCAAGGAAGUGACUUUCUAUCAAGAUCCUGUUUACUUUUCCCUUGCAAUUAAGUUGCAUAAAGACUUAAUGUCAAGAAUGUAGAAUUAGUUGUCAAAAAUGAGCCACAACCAUGUGAGGAUAAACAGCCAGCAUACUGUUAUGUCUGAUUUAGUUACAGGUAAUUUAGUAUUUUUUUGUACUUUUGAGUUAGUACACUAAAAUUACCCCGUGGUAAGGGCAUGCAGUAUGAUUUUCAACUUUACUGUCUGUAAUUUAAAAGAGAAAGUUGCUUCUCUGUUAAACGAGUUGAACUGAAAAUUGAAUGUAAGUGCUGAAGUACUGUCACUAUGAGAGCUGUAAUAAACACUUCCCUGUCCCAUGUA